AUGGCGCACCACGAGGAGGACCACAGCUACCACCCCAAAGAUGCUAUUUCGGCGGCCAUGAAGGCUACGGCGCUGACCGGAAGCGUCGGUCUUUUCGCAGCGGCUGUACAGAACACGCUCACCAAACAGAACGUCGGAACUCUGGGAGUCUUCGUCCGCGGCGGUGGUACCAUUACUACCUUCGCCGCCAUGGGUGGUACCUAUGAGUUCAUCAAGACUGCUUCGGCCAACCUGCGCGAGAAGGAGGACCACUACAACGUCGCCAUCGGUGGUUUCGUUUCAGGUGCUAUUCUCGGUCUCAGAGUCCGCACCUUCCCCGCUGUGCUGGGUUACGGAGUCGCUCUCUCCACCGCUAUGACCGCUUUUGAGUACACCGGAGGCUCUCUGUUUGGAUACCAGAAGGACAACUCCGUGGAUGAAUUCGACCGCCGCACGGCAUUGCGCAAGGCUUUCCAGACCCCUGUGGAGCAAAGUGUUGCUGAAUUGGGCGAAGGACGUGGUAUCUACGGCGCCAACUAUGAGGAGAGACGCGCCGAUCGUAUCAAGAACGCCUACGGCAUUGAGGUUCCCACAUCCCCCGUUCGCGCAUCAUAA